AUGACAGAAGUGAAAGGAACUCCCAUCAUUAAAGGUUCACGAACAAUGCAAAUAACUGGCUUAUAUAAAGGAAGGGCAAUUAUUAUAAAAGACUCUUACAGUGUUAUAAAUAAGAAGCUUAAACUAUUUCCUGCUAUGUUUAACUUACAAACAGGACCGAAAGAAGUAUUUCCAUACAACUACUACAGCAGUGUUUUGUUAGCAAAUGACAACAGAACUGGUGUCAUUUCUGAAGCAUGUAAGUUUGUAAAAGAUAUUGAUACGUUCAUGAAAAACAUAGAUUCCAUCAAAGGUUGCAGAAUAGAUGAGAACCACUUCGACUUAGAAAAGUAUAGUACAUUUUAUUGCAAACAAGAUGUAAGAAUUUUAAGAGAAGGUUUUGUUAAGUUCCGCAAUGACAUAUUGAAAGAAUUUGAUUUAAACGUUUAUGACUACGUUAGUAUUUGUUCUAUUGCUAACAAAUUGUUUGAGAACAGAGUGUACUUCCCGAAUGGAAAUUUAUAUGACCUCUCAAAUAAACCAAGAGAAUUUAUUUCACGCUGUAUUCAAGGUGGAAGAUGUAUGUUGUCAGAUAACAUUAAACAAAAGAGCGAAAAGAAACUCAUUGCUGACUUCGACGCUGUUUCAUUAUAUCCUUCAGCUAUAGCAAGACUUUAUACUUUAGAAGGUAUUCCAAAGGUUAUGAAGAAAGAAAUGUUAAGCACAGAGUAUCUCAUGAGACAUUUAUUCGAUGACGACCAACAGGAACCCAUUGGUGAAAAGUUUAUGUCUGGCUUCUUUGUUCUCAUUAAGAUAACAGAGAUUGGAAUACAUAGACACUUUCCUUUAAUAGUUUGUGACCCUGAACUAAAUCCAGAACUUAACGUUCCCAGAAGUUCAAACACUUGCUGUUUAAUGUAUGUUGACCAUAUAACAUUACAAGACCUCAUAAAAUAUCAAGGUGUCAAAUGUGAAGUGUUGCAAGGAUACUAUUACGAUGGAAACAGAGAUAUUAGAAUAAGAGAUGAAGUAAAGAAGUUGUUUGAGUUAAGGUUAAA